AUAUUCGGUGGAUCUUUGACCUCAACUUAAUAAUUAACCUCGACAUUUCAACCUUUUCUUCUUCUCGAUUCACAUUUUCCUAUAAAAUUAUUACACUUACCUACCAGUCCACUCACUACCUACGCAAUCCGAACAAUCCAACUCGUAUACUUAAGCAUUAACCACAUCCACCCUCUCGGAAUAUUGACAUGUCACCCCCCGCCAUAAUCGCCCCCUCAAUCCUAAGCGCCGACUUUGCCCAACUCGGCUCAGAAUGCGCGACAACCAUAGAGCGCGGCGCCGACUGGCUUCACGUCGACAUUAUGGACGGCCAUUUUGUUCCCAAUAUGACGUUCGGUGCUCCCGUGGUUACGAAGAUCAGGUCUCAUGUUGCGAAACCGGCGACGCCGGGGGGGAAGGGGACGUUUGAUUGUCAUAUGAUGAUUGCUGAGCCCCAAAAAUGGGUCUCAGAAUUCAAAUCCGCCGGUUGCGACCUCUACUGCUUUCACUACGAAGCCGCCAUAUCCUCCACCGCCGCCAAAGAUCCCGCAAACUCCUCCAAGACAACCGCACAAACCUCACCCCGAGAACUAAUCCGCUACAUACAUGAAUCCGGUAUGAAGGCCGGUAUAGCCAUAAAACCAGAUACCAAAGUUGAUGUGUUAUGGGAUAUACUUGAAAAUGAGGAGGAGAUUGAACGGCCUGAUAUGGUCUUGGUAAUGACAGUCCACCCCGGUUUCGGCGGACAGAAAUUCAUGGCCUCUGAACUCCCCAAGGUCACGGCCUUGCGCCAACGAUACCCAGAUCUAAACAUUGAAGUUGACGGUGGUCUUGGUCUGGGGACAAUUGAUCAGGCGGCUGAUGCGGGUGCGAAUGUCAUUGUUGCUGGAUCCGCGGUGUUUGGGGCUAAGGAUCCGGCGGAGGUUAUUGCGAAGUUGAGGGAAACUGUUGAGAAGAGGAGGUCUUAAUCUUGAUUCUAGAUGGCGGGUGUAUAUAGAUGAAUGGAUGAAUUGAUUGAGAUACUACUCUAUGCUAUGCAAAAUCAUAAUCAUAAUAAUAAAGAUCUGGUCAAAACGCAGCCCUGCUAGGAUAUAGUCAAAAGAAGUGGUAUCACAAAUCUUGGCUAAUCGUGAGACAUAAAACACUUGCAAUAACCGAAAUGAGACGAAAUCUGGGAAUAUAAGUCUAGUCAGCAACACUGACACCGGCUUUACUUGCAUCCAUGGGGUCUUGAUUCUUCGUAUCCUCCUGCUUCUCCUCCCUUGCUGCUGGAACAACAGAUUUCUCUUCCUUCUCCUCGCUCUCCUCUUCAUCCUCGAAAAUAGUAUCGCCCUCUCUCUCCACCGCCGUCUUUCUCAAUGCAUCAAUAUCCCCAUCAGCGGGUGCCUCCGAAAUCGACGCGCGAAUAUCCUUUCGUACUUUCUCCUGCUCGUCUUCCGUGGUAGCAGAUAUAAUCGAACCACGAUGAUGGCCCACCAGACCUAGGAGCUCGGCAUUAUCGGCGUGGAAAUUCGCGCUGGAUACGGCGGCGACUUCGUCUGCCAGAGACGGACGUUUGAGUUGCGAUGGUGGAAUUAUCUCAGGAACAACAGAGGAGCGACGACCUGCCGGGGAUGAUGUUGGCGUCGAAUGUGAAACGCUAUCUUUUGUUGUUGUCUUCUCGCGGUUGUCGCUCGUAAAACUUUCGUUAGGCUUCUUCUCUUCUUCAUCCUUCUGCCUCAACACAACCGCAGACUCCGUCCCCUUGGUCUCUGGGCCAGAUGUAGGCGCCUUGCCAUCAGCUUCAGUCGUAGCCGGUUUCGAUCCCAGUUUUGAUCUUGCAUUAUCCUUAGCUUUUGCAGCUGCUUCUUCACCUGCUAGUCUCAGUGCAAGAGUGCGUUGAUCUUCUUUGUUCUCGUUAACGGGGGGAUUCUGGAUCUGCACUCGUGGUGCGGACGGUUCGCUCGAUUUAUUCGUAGUCGUAGCUACUGGAGCAGGUUUCGGAACCUCGACUUCUUUCUUCUGACUGUCACUCGAAAAAUCAUUCGGAUCCUUGAUGGCGCCAAUCUCGGCUUUGAGUUCGCCGUAUUCGUUCCAUUCUUCUAUUUGCUCUAGGUCCUGCUACCACAUCAGUAAACCAUCGACCCCAAAAAAGAGUCGAAACUGACACCAAUAAUAGUCUUGUACUUGACUAAACCAGGUAACUUCCUCCCCUUAGAAUACCGACCCCACAAUCUCCUCGCCGCAUCGUCAGUGGCAACGUCAAUGGCCUGGAAGGGGAUCUUGUUGGCCUUGAGGAUUGUCUCGAGGCGCGAUGUGGCGGUGAUGAUGUGCGAGGAGCCCGCGGUAAGGGAGGUGUAGAGGUAGAGGGUGGUAUCUGCCAUGUAUUCUGUUGUUGUAUUCGCUAUCUACCGUUGUGUUGUUUCUUCGAUUGAUAAAUUCGUCAGAAUAGUUGUCUGUCUAGAGUGUCUAGACUAUCACGUAGUGAAGUUAACUGAAACUGUUCGACGUCACCGUUGGAGAUCACGUGUAACCCCCGCUUCAACUUUUCCGACAAUAACACACAGAAAAUACUAAUGCAACUAAGUCAACUAAACUAUCGCCUCGUUC